AUGGGUGCAGGUGUGUCGACGGAGGGCGCACCACUGUCCGAAGUGGCCAUCAAAAAUGAAAUCGGCGUGCUGUACGACGCGGAAAAGAAGAAAGCGUUUGAUGCCGCCGCGACCGAGGGCGCGGACGGAACGCGCACGGUGCCGUGGCCCAAGUUAGAGGCCUACGCCAAGGAGCACGACGAGCGCGCGCUCGACCCGCGGAAAUGCAUGUUUCACAACCUGAAGGCGUUCAAGGCCGCGCGGGAGCAGAUCGACGAGAUCGCGAUCGUGCACAUCAAGGGUGAUGUGAAGAAGAUCCCGUGGGUGGGCAAGAAUUUAGGAGACGAGUGUCGCCAAUGCGGCCUCGACGGCGAGCCGGCCGCGUCGCUCGACGCGCUGUACGAGGUCGCCGCGCUGGCGCGCGUGCAGUUCGAGGAGAUCAUGACGGCCGCGUGCCCUGAAAGCGGUGUGAAGCUGAUGUUCGCGCCGCUGAAGGGCCGCGACCGUGCCGGCGCCAAGGCGCGCGACGAGUACAAGGACAAGACGGCGCCGUGCUACAGUUGGCUCUUCGACAUUACGCGCGGCGCGGCCCUCUGUCAGACGGAGGACGCCAUCGUGCAGCUCUACGCAUCGCUCGAAGCCGACGACCGCGUUGAUAUCGUGCGGACGAAGAACCGGUUCGCGCCGCCGCUCUUCAACGGCUACCAGGACAUCUUGAUGAACGUCGCCGUGAAAGUCGAGAACGUGACGCACAUGUGCGAGCUACAAAUUCAUCUCAUGCCGAUCAAAGAGUCGGAGGCGCUACACCGGAGCCACACGGUCUACGAGUACUUUCGGUCGUUUUUCUUGGGCAAUUCAGAUGCUGUCGCGCAGCGGCUCGAGAUGCUGUGCAAGCUGCCCGUCGACGAGGUUAACGGUGUGGAGGAGUUGGUGGACCACGUGCUCGGGUACGACGCGGACGCGAGUUUGCUUGACGGCCUCUGCGAGUUGCUCGAGUCGAUUCAGGAGUCCGCAGGCGUCGUGAAGGUCCGGGAAGCUAUGUUAGCGAAGCAGGAGCGAGCGUUCGGUGCGGAGAGCAAGGCGGUGGGCGUGGCGCUGUGGGAUCUUGGGCUCGCGUACGGGGACCUUGGCGACAAUGCCAAGAAGCUCGAGGUCUUGGAGCGCGCGCUCCCGAUCUACGAGCGCGAGCACGGUAGAGAUAGUACGAACGUGGCCGGCUUGUUGACUGAUCUCGGGAAUACGUACAUGGGCCUCGGCGACUACGCCAAACAGCGAGACAUACUGGAGCGGGCGCUCGCGAUCGAAGAGCGUGAGUACGGUAGCGAUCACACGAGGGUUGCCGUCGUGCUGACGAACCUCGGGAGUGCGUACGGCUACUUAGGCGACUACGCCAAGACGCGCGACAUGCUGGAGCGCGCGCUCCCGAUCUUUGAGCGGACGUACGGCCGCGACCACCCGGACGUGGCCGUCACGCUGGGGAACCUCGGGGUCGUUUACGGUAGAUUAGGCGACCAGGCGAAGAGGCGAGACAUGCUGGAGCGCGCGCUCGCGAUCAAGGAGCGGGCGUACGGCCGCGACCACGCGAAAGUGGCCCAGACACUGACGAACCUCGGGAACGCGUACGGCAACCUAGGCGACCACGCGAAGUCGCGAGACAUGCUGGAGCGCGCACUCGCGAUCAAGGAGCGGGCGUACGGCCGCGACCACCCGGAAGUGGCCAUCACGCUGGAUAACCUCGGGAACGCGUACGGCGCCUCAGGCGAAUACGCGAAGGCGCGUGACGUGCUGGAGCGCGCGCUCGCGAUCUUCGAGCGGACUUACGGCCGCGACCACACGAGCGUGGCCGGGACGCUGACGAACCUCGGGAACGCGUACGGCGACUUAGGCGACCACGCGAAGAGUAGAGACGUGCUGGAGCGCGCGCUUGCGAUCAACGAGCGGACGUACGGCUGCGACCACCCGGAAGUGGCAUUGAUACUGGGCAGCCUCGGUAUGGCCUACGGCGAACUAGGCGACGCCGCCAAGAAGCGAGAAUACGUAACGCGCGCGGUGAAGAUUUUCGAGGGCGCGUACGGCCCCGACCAUCCUCACGCCAAGUUUUACAAGAACGUACUGAAUGCAAUGUGA